AUGACCUCCCAAGCAGCACGAGCUUAUCGCCUAAGUGAAUUUGACAAGUUAUUCAGCGAGAUUCGGGCGAUCGAUGGAGAGUGCGCUGAUUACCUAAAAGACGUCGGAUUCGAACAUUGGACACGAUCCCACUUCGUGGGGGAACGAUACAACGUCAUGACGAGUAACAUCUCGGAAUCCCUCAACAAAGUGCUAACAAUGGCCCGCGAUUUCCCCGUCAUUUCCAUCCUAGAAUCAAUCCGUACAACAGUGGUAACGUGGUUUGCACUCAGACGUGAAGCAGCUAACUCAGACACAGAUGUAAUCAACCCAAAGGUUAAGGAGAUGGUGAUUAAAAAUUUCAAUAGAUCGUCUGGGUAUUUUGUUAUGAAAAUCGGCGAUGGAAUAUAUGAGGUCCGUGAUGCGACGGACGUCUCUUACGCUGUUCAUCUGUGGGAACAAUCGUGUACCUGCAGAGAGUUUCAGUUACUUGCCAUUCCAUGCGAACAUGCUGUAGCGGCUGCUAUUCGGGAGGGGGUCCGAGUUGAAACUCUGGUUGGCGUCCAUUACACUGUUGAGUAUCGCAAGAAGGCAUACGAGGGCCUAAUCAUGCCUGUUCCAGACAUGGACACUUUGGAACGUGUAGCUGGUGAAGAUGGGGCUGUCAAGAUGGGUCCGCCUAAGGUUCGCAGACCUCCAGGACGCCCGAAAAAAAGUCGCAUCUUCUCGAAAGGGGAGUUCAAGGUAAAGAGUGGUAAUACCAUUUUCAGUUACAUACUUGAGGAUUUUGUUUACCAGCAGUGUGACCAUCCUUCCCGUUGCAGCGUGUGA